CAGCGGCGGACUCGCCCAACUCGCUGUGGCGGGGGGAGCGGCGGGACGGCUCGGUGGGCCUCGGCCGGGCCGGGAAAUAAGCAAUCAGCUGCUCCAAAGAAUGAAGAUGCUGCUCAGAGAGUACCAUGACUACCUGCAGGAGAUCAGCAUCAACAUCGUGCAGGCUUGUUUGGAGUGAUGCUGUGAAAGCGGCUCUGGAAGCUGCUUUGAGAAAGAAGAUUGAAUUUGAGAGAAAAGCGUUGUCUAUUGUUGAACAGCUCCUGGAGGAGAACAUUACUGAAGAGUUCCUUCUAAAUUCUGGAAAGUGCAUUACUCCGUCUCACUAUAAAGACAUUGUUGAUGAACGGUCUAUCAUCAAACUAUGUGGUUAUCCUCUAUGUCAAAAUAAACUGGAAAAUGUGCCAAAGCAGAAGUACAAGAUUUCAACAAAAACUAACAGAGUUUAUGAUAUCACUGAAAGAAAGUGCUUUUGCAGCAACUUUUGCUAUAGAGCAUCUAAAUAUUUCGAAGCUCAAAUUUCUAAAAGUCCAGUAUGGAUGAGAGAAGAAGAUGAACCACCAGAUAUAGAACUGCUGAAGGAGGGACAGAGUGGACGGUCUGGAGAAGAGGUGAAACUACGUGAUGAAGUAAUUAAAGCAUCUGACAUUGAAAAUCCUGGGAUACCUUCAGAGCCAUGGGAAGCUGGUUCUCACGGCACAGCCAGUGACAGCAGCAGCGAUAACGAGCAAGAAUUUAUUUCAUCUGUCCUACCAGGAAGUCAGUCAAGUUCAGCCGAUUUUGCACAGCAAUUGCCCAGAAAAAGCAUCCUCAAAAAAAAGCAUGCUCAGAAAGUCUCUCCCAGCCCUAAAACUGAAGAUUCAGAUGUGGUAGAAGCCACUGAACAACUCUCUCACUGUAAAUUAGACGCUCAGGAAGAAGUGCGUGCUCGCUCUGUUCAUAAUGAAAUAACUGCACCGCCUUCAAAAAAUACUACUCGAGGGAAAUCAAGUGCUUCAGAAGUCUGUGAAAAUACCUGUGGAUCACAAAUAGUUUUUCUUGGUGUGAGCAAAAGAGGGGCAGAACAUCUUAGAAGAACACUAGCUAACUCCGCAGAAUAUAGAAAACAUGAACUGAGGAAUUCCAAAGGCAGUUUACUGGAAGUGCUUAGGCACACACUUAUGGAAUGGAGAACUGAGGAAACUUUAAAAUUUCUCUAUGGCCCAAACUAUACUUCUUUGUGCUCAUCAGAGUGCGUAGCACCUGCCAGCCAGGAGACUGAAGAACUUGAUGAGGAUGACUUAGAUACAGCUGAUGAUCUUAAUGCUGUUGCUGUAAGAGAGUCCGAAAACAGCUUGAAUUAUUCUUUACCUUUCACAGGCCCAGGUGGAGUAGUGAAGCCUGUGCCUAGUUACGAAAAGUUAAAAGAAGAAACGGAGUUCCUUGAACUCCGAGUGAAAGAGUUCUAUAAAGGGAGGUGCGUCUUGGCUGAAGAGGCAGCGACACACGCACAGGAAGAGGAACAUCCAAGCACAGGCAAAGAUGAUCAACUUGAAGAUCUUACCUUCCCACUUGUUGAUUCAAAUGCACAAAUGCAGAUCAGAAAGCGAAUCGUCCUUGAAAAACUGAGAAAAGCAUUACCUGCAGUUUUGGGCCCUCUUCAGAUUGCUCCAGGUGAUGUUUACACAGAGCUGAAAAAUCUUGUCAAAACUUUCCGGUUAACAAAUAGAAAUAUUAUUCACAAAAUGCCUGAGUGGACUCUAAUCGCUAUUGUUUUGUUGUCUGUAUUGUCACAAACUACUCCACUCAAGAAUACUCAGACAAGCCCAAUGUACACACAGUUCCUGACCACGCUGCUGGAAGAACUGCAUUUCAAAAAUGAAGAUUUGGAAAGUCUAACAAGAAUAUUUAGAAUGGACUGACGACUUGAAUGAAUAACAUGAUCAUCUUAACAUCUCCUACCACCUGAAAUAGCUGCACUGAGAAUAUAAGAACACCUUCAA